AUGUCCGGACAGACUAUUGCGCUUUCCCUAUUCUUAUUUUUAGUUGCUUUCGGAGUCGUCAUUUUCCUGGGAUCCUUUAUAUUUAUUAAGCGUAGCAUUGCGAGGAGAAAAAGUCGCAUUGGUAGGAUCGUGUACGCACCUGUUGGAAAUGGCGGCCCAAAAUUUUGGAAGGAGUUAGUAAAUUCGAAGAUAAACGUGACUGUUAAGAUUCGGCCAGAACCCAGGGUAUUUUACUCGUCGAACUCGGAUAGACAGAACGACACCGCUGGAAGGAAUCUGGGAUUUCAAUUUCGUGCAAACACUGUUGAUCUAUUUGUCGACCUGAAGGAGAAAAUUUUGGCAUCCUAUCCCCUAUUUGAGGCACCUCCUGUCAGAGGCAUAAAGGAUUUCUUAUUGAGCGCCUCUUCACAAUCGAUGAACCCGAAACCCGAUAGUCAUCUCGUUGAGACUUAUUGUGAAUUCUAUAAUCGCGCUCGGUAUGACCCCGGGGUAGGUCAAACUUGUUCCCCACCAUUCAAUUCCUUGUCGAUAAACCCGUACACCGACGUCGACUACCUCCGCUUUCUUGAAAUUCAUGAUCAACUUUUGAAAGCUGUGGUGGUCAAAGAGGCACUCCAGACCGCAGAUUCGCCUAACAAGGCGACUAAGGCGUCACACAAACGCCGAAAAAUGCCCUCAGCUUCAAGAGUGGGCCAGUCGACUUACUCGGAGCUAAUCGAAAUGAAAGAUACGACCUCUGGGUCUAAUGUCGCCGCUGAAACCAAUUCCUCCUCUGGUGCGAUGGGCCUUCUCCGUGCUCCACUCAGUCGAAGCGGUAGUGCCGCUAGCGACGACUCGCAGACAGCUCUCAUUCGCCUCGACGACGGUCGAAACACCUCAAGUCACCUGCGUCAGUGA